AUGUUGUCUACAAUGAAAUGUUUAUCUCGUGUUGCUAUAACAACCGUCAGAUUGUCUUCGCAUCAUGCUCGUCUUCCCUUGGGAACUCCUAUCGUCAAUCAAUCAUUGGAAAUUAAAGUUCCAGAUAACAAAGUUUUGGCCACCUAUGUUUGGAUCGAUGGCACAGGAGAACAGUUACGUGAGAAAACAAGAACUCUUGAUGAAGAUCCAGGAGAAGUGAAAAAUUAUCCCGAAUGGAGUUUCGAUGGAUCUUCCACUUAUCAAGCUUUGAAGGGCAACGACUCAGACAUGAAUCUUGUUCCAGCUGCCAUCUAUCCGGAUCCUUUCUGGGGAGGAAAACAUAAACUCGUAUUAUGUGAAACCUUUGACAAAGAGGGAAAACCAGCUCCAACUAAUCACAGAGCCGCUUGCUCUCAAGUAAUGAAACAGAUAACACAGCACAAACCAUGGUUCGGAAUGGAACAGGAGUAUUUACUCCUUGAUAGAGACGGUUAUCCACUUGGUUGGCCAAAGCACGGAUAUCCUGCUCCUCAAGGACCAUAUUACUGUGGAGUUGGAGCUACUAAAGUCUUUGGACGAGAGGUCGUUAACGCCCAUUAUCGCGCUUGUUUGCACUCCGGAUUAGAACUGUUUGGAAUCAACGCUGAAGUUACCCCUGGACAAUGGGAAUUCCAACUAGGAUGUUGCGAAGGAAUCGAUAUGGGAGAUCAGUUAUGGAUGGCUAGAUAUCUUUUACAUAGAGUUGCUGAACAAUUCGGAGUAGCUGUUACUUUCCACCCAAAACCAAAUGUCACUUCCGGAGAUUGGAAUGGUGCUGGGUGCCAUUGCAAUUUCUCAACUGACAAGAUGAGAGCUGAAGGAGGACUCAAGACUAUCGAAGCUGCCAUGCCAAAACUUGCUGCUACUCACAAAGAAUGCAUCAGACUAUAUGAUCCACAUAACGGAGAAGAUAACAAGCAUAGAUUAACCGGAUUACACGAGACUUCCUCAGCCGAAAAUUUUUCCUUCGGUGUAGCUGAUAGAUCCGCUUCUGUUAGAAUUCCAAGAGGAGUAUCUGUAGCUGGAAAGGGAUAUUUGGAAGACAGACGUCCUUCAUCGAACUGUGAUCCUUAUCAGGUUACUCGUAUGAUUGCUGAAAGUAUUCUUCUUCGUUAG